AUGGCGACCUCUACUUCUCCACAUAUUAGCUUCUUUAUUAGUGAGGAAAGACCUACACCAGUGGUAUUUUCCCAAAAGUUUAAUUACACAUCGAAAAGGUUAGCUCUAUCGGAAUGGUAUAACGCACUUCAGGCGUGCCUCGCAGUUCAUAAAAACGAUCCGAAACUGGUUGAACUCGAGCGAAAGUAUAAAAAUGGUCAUUACACGAAAGCUAUCGAUGAUUACUUUAAAUUAUUAAUGCCCGCUUGUCUUUUUGAGAAAGAGAAAGCCUCUGUUGACAAGGUGUUAACAAAAAAAACAGGAAAUGCAAUCCGAAAACGUAUCGGUGAUCUUCUUCAGGAAGAAAAAUGUUCUAAAAAAUCUUGUGUAAGGGAAUCGAAUCAGAAAACAAAUCAGGAAAAUGAUGAUUUUUGCCCGUCUUCAUCCAAUCCUAAUUCGGAAUAUUUCAACACUCGGGAGAUAUUAAAUAAAAAAGAACGACAUAAUGUGUGCUAUUCGUGGAAAAGCAUUGUUAAUCAGAUUGAUUUUAGGACUACCUCUAAAGACGAUUGGGUCUACGAGGAUCAUAAUAUCUCUGAAGAAUUCCGAAAUUUUCAAAAAUCGACAAUCGAUUAUAUUAAAAAAAAUCCAAUUUUAUGCUACAAAAAGGACAUCCAAAAAAUUCUGUCUCUUUCGAAUAUAAUGCUUAUCGAACACAUAAAACCAUCAUUUUUAUCAUUCUCACAAACUGUGUGGGAACAAAUAUGCCGAAGGAAACCAUCACCAGGUUUGCCUUCGGUAGUAAUCAAUUUAGCUAUUGAGUAUUCUUCCUUGUCAAAUUCUUUUACAACUUCAAAAGAUAUUCAAAAUAUAUGGUGCAAUAAUUUUUCUGAAGUCACAAAAUUGACAGAUCGAGAUAAAGACAUUUUUUGUCAAUCUCAAAUCAUUUUUCGAAAUUUAGAGAUUUUCCGUGAUUCUACGUUCGAACUAGUUUGGGCAAACAGUGAAAGCUCCGUCUCCAAAAAUCGUCGUUUAAACAGUUCAGAAAACAAAGAAAACAAUAAAGGUAAAAAGCCCGACUUUAAGAUUAUCACAAAAACAAAAAAAGAAAUUCUUUUCGGAGAAGUAAAGAAAAAAGAUUCAUCAUCUUUAUUGGUCAAUAAAGACCUUAUCAAGCUAUCAAAUUUCCAAUCAGGUGCUUUAGAUGAACUAAUUAAAAUAUACGGUAAUAAGAUUGGUUUGACUUCAUUUGGAAUUUGGGUUAGUGGUCCACGUAUUCGGAUCUAUGAAAUGGAUCUAAAAUACGAUGGUUUAUAUAGAAUGUUUUUGAUGGCAAAUGUUUUGGCCCCAACGGAGCGGGCACAAUUCUUAAAUCUAAUACCAGUAUUAGAAGCGCUAUAUAAGGUCAAAGAUCGUAUCUCUGAAGUUUUGGGGGUAAUCGCUUCCGAUACUCCGGCUAGUUCGCCACGCCAAACUUACAUCAGGAUACCUACCCCUCCACCGAAAUCA